AUGAUUCUGAGCUGUUAUGAUGGUGAUGAUUGGAGUUGUUGCUGCUUUUUUUUGUACUUUGGAUACUACUUGGGUGGUGUUAACAUCGGGAUGAGUCGUUUAUGCACGAUUCCAGAUUCGAUUGGAAGUUCCCUUUAUGCACUCCCAGAGGGUUGGGCUACAGAAAACGGACUGAGAGAAAAACGAAAAAAAGGGGAGUGGGGAGAAGACAUUGGGAAUAAGCCAAAAUAUUCUCGCUUUGUCACAUGAAUAUCCGUGUAUGGAUGAGUAAUGUGAGGGAAUGCGAUGAGAGGUAAAUCGUGAUUCUCGUGAUUCGCAUGAGUGAUGAUGUUACACACAUGUAA